AUGACCCUGACUCUCUCAGCGUCCCCGUCGCCCCUUCCUAUUCGGCCCUCGUCAACGGCCGUUCUAGCCAUUACAAACUCGGGGACAACUGGCUAUUGCUUCCAACUGGCGGCAAAGUACAAGAACGAACUUAAGUAUUCUCCAAAGCGCGGCUUCAUUUCUGCGGGAGCUGAGCAGCUUAUAACUGUUGCAGCUCUGAGUAACUUAACACCGGGGCUUCGGGUGCAGAUCUACGCCGUCGCAACGGAGAAGUCGCUCGGCAUUCCAGAUGAUGACAUGGUCAAAGUGAUCAUCGACGGUGCUAAGCGGCUCAAGACUCCCUGCGUCAAUCUGAAGGUGGACGUUGUCAAUCUAAACGCUCACACUACUAAAGAGCACCUGCCCCAACUGCCGCCUGCCCAUAUGCAGAAAAACCAUGGCGUCGCCCCCAAUUUCGGAAACGAUAGUGAGACCAGUUUAUUCGACAAUUACUUAACACAGACGCAGAAGAACUCGUGCUCAUUAACAAAUAAUACAGACACUUUAUAUAGCAGCGAUCACACUUGCAUUUCCUUGAUCGACUCCCAAUUGUGUGAAGCAUCCAAUAAGCGGAUUGGGCAGGGAAACAGCCAGGGAAUCGAUAAGUUAGACGUUGACGUGGGACAGCUUAAGCUUAAGCUUCAGACACUGGAGAAUAAAGUAGACGCCAUUCUGGAAACCGUGCCGUUGGCGUCCACAUCCAUUAAGCUGGGCGUUUCACAAAACUUCGAGCUAUCAGAGGCUGACAUGAACGGUGUUAUCUCUGCCGUUAUAGAGCGCUUGUCAGCAGAAUUCAAGGCCCAGCUGGUCGCGUCUGUAUGCACUGUAGCAGCACCGCAUCCCGAUGGAUCAAAGCAGGAGGUACUUGUGCAGGAAUCCUUGCCGAAAAAAGAAGUAAGUUCCACUUCACAGGAGGACGGGGAACAGUCGCAAAGGAAAGUGCCCGCUGAAACAGCUAUUACUGAUGUACGUAGUGCACAACACAAAAACCAACUAGAUGACGAGAUUGAGGCAGCAACGAAUAAUAACAAAAACAGCAAUCUUAACAGUACAUUGAAUGGUACUGAGAGAGAAGCCAGCGGAGUAAGGGACAGGCUCUCUGGACAGCCACCUACUCCCGAAGCACCAAGGUCAUCCCCUGGCACCAGUGUAGGGAAGCAGCUGCAAAAUGCUCUGGGUCAAGUGCUCAUACUAUCCAUUAUAUUUGCUAUUGCAGCGUGCAGUAAGCUGUUGAAAAGAGCACUGCGCUCCAAAAAGGAAGCAUAG